AUGGGUUGCGGAAUGAGCACCGAGGAUAAGGAGGGGAAGGCACGGAAUGAGGAGAUCGAGAACCAGCUCAAGCGCGACAAGAUGCUGCAGAGGAAUGAGAUUAAGAUGUUGCUUCUCGGAGCUGGAGAGUCCGGCAAGUCGACCAUUCUGAAGCAGAUGAAGCUCAUCCAUGAGGGCGGAUACUCCCGGGACGAGCGUGAAUCAUUCAAGGAAAUUAUCUACAGCAACACCGUGCAGUCUAUGCGGGUUAUUCUCGAGGCCAUGGAGUCGCUCGAGCUGCCCCUCGAGGAUGCGCGCCACGAGUACCAUGUGCAGACCAUUUUCAUGCAGCCCGCCCAGAUCGAGGGUGACAGCAUUCCUCCCGAAGUUGGAAAUGCCAUUGGUCAGCUUUGGCGCGAUACUGGUGUUCAGGAGUGCUUCAAGCGCUCGCGCGAAUACCAGCUGAACGACUCUGCCAAAUACUAUUUCGAUUCUAUUGAGCGCAUUGCCCAGCCCGAUUACCUCCCCACCGACCAGGAUGUACUCCGCUCCCGUGUCAAGACUACCGGUAUCACCGAGACCGCGUUCCUUAUUGGCGACCUAACAUACCGCAUGUUCGACGUCGGUGGUCAGCGAUCUGAGCGGAAGAAGUGGAUUCACUGCUUCGAGAACGUCACCACCAUUCUGUUCUUGGUCGCCAUCUCCGAGUACGACCAGCUGCUCUUCGAGGACGAGACCGUGAACCGUAUGCAAGAAGCCUUGACUCUGUUCGACUCGAUCUGCAACUCCCGUUGGUUCGUCAAGACCUCGAUCAUUCUCUUCCUCAACAAGAUCGAUCGUUUCAAGGAGAAGCUCCCCGUUAGCCCGAUGAAGAACUACUUCCCCGAUUACGAGGGUGGUGCCGACUACGCCGCGGCUUGCGACUACAUUCUCAACCGCUUCGUUUCCCUCAACCAGGCCGAGCAAAAGCAGAUUUACACUCACUUCACCUGUGCUACCGACACUACUCAGAUCCGAUUCGUCAUGGCAGCAGUAAACGAUAUCAUCAUCCAAGAGAACCUCCGUCUCUGCGGUUUGAUCUAA